AUGGCAACGUUUUUGCUUUACUUUGUCGAACCAAAUAUUUCAUCAUGCUUGUCAAUAAAGACGGAAAUUGUCGAUACACAUCUAACGAGAAAAGCACCUUCAGCUUACUCAGAUGGAGUUUAUGGGAUGGCAGGUCCUGAACGUCCAUCACCUCGUAAACUUAGUCGACUGUUUAUGAGAGGUGAAGAUGGCCUUGGUUCAAAGGAGAAUCGAACAGCACUUUUAGCUUUCUUCGGUCAAGUCGUAACAAACGAGAUUGUGAUGGCGUCCGAGUCAGGAUGUCCCAUCGAAAUGCAUCGAAUUGAGAUUGAAAAAUGUGAUGAAAUGUAUGAUAAAGACUGUCGUGGUGAUCGUUAUAUUCCAUUUCAUCGAGCGAUGUAUGAUCGAAACACUGGACAAAGUCCAAAUGCACCAAGAGAACAGAUCAAUCAAAUGACAGCAUGGAUCGAUGGAAGUUUUAUUUACAGCACUUCAGAAGCUUGGCUCAAUGCAAUGCGAUCGUUUCAGAAUGGAACGUUGUUGACUGACAGAAGCAACAAAAUGCCAGUUAAAAACACUAUGCGAGUUCCGCUCUUCAACAAUCCCGUGCCACAUGUCAUGCGUGCAUUAAGCCCCGAGCGAUUGUAUCUUCUUGGUGAUCCACGCACAAAUCAAAAUCCUGCACUUCUCUCGUUUGCAAUUCUUUUCCUUCGUUGGCACAACAAGUUGGCGUAUCGUGUAAAGCAAACGAAUCCAUCGUGGAGUGAUGAAGAUAUUUUUCAACGUGCACGUCGUUUAGUCAUUGCGACAAUGCAAAACAUUUUCGUCUAUGAAUAUUUGCCAUCAUUUCUUGGCGGUGUCGAACUUGAACCUUACAAAGGAUAUCAACCUGAUGUACAUCCAGGCGUUUCUCAUAUGUUUCAAUCAGCUGCAUUUCGAUUUGGUCAUUCACUCAUCCCACCUGGAAUUAUGAGACGAAAUGCAAAUUGUGAAUAUCGAAAAACGCCGAUGGGAUUUCCAGCUUUGAGAUUAUGUUCAACAUGGUGGGAUUCAAGUGAUGUAUUUGAAGACUCAAGUGUUGAAGAACUUCUUAUGGGAAUGUCGUCGCAAUUAGCUGAACGUGAAGAUCCUUUCUUAUGUUCAGAUGUUCGCGAUAAACUUUUCGGUCCAAUGGAGUUUAGUCGAAGAGAUUUAGGAGCGUUGAAUAUCAUGCGUGGUCGUGAUAAUGGACUUGCUGACUACAACACAGCACGUCAAGCUUACAAACUCCCACGUCGUAAAGAUUGGAAAGAAAUCAACCCAGCCUUGUUUGAAGCGAAACCUGAACUACUUCAAAUUCUUAUUUCAGCUUACAAGAAUCGAUUGGAUAACGUCGAUGCUUAUAUCGGUGGAAUGUUGGAAUCAUAUGGAAGACCAGGAGAACUUUUCACAGCCGUCAUUCUUGAGCAAUUUUUAAGAAUUCGUGAUUCUGAUCGAUUCUGGUUUGAGAAUGAAGACAAUGGAAUCUUUACGAAGGAAGAAAUUGAAGAUUUGAAGAAAAUAAAAUUAUGGGACGUCAUUGUGAACAGCACAGACAUUGGACCGGAAGAUAUUCAAAAGAAUGUUUUUCAAUUCGUUGAUGGCGAUCCAUGUCCACAACAAUUUCAAAUUAACACAUCUUCAUUGGAACCUUGUAAUCAUCUCGAAGGUUACGAUUACUUUUCGGGAUCAGAACUUGCUUACAUCUAUGCUUGCGUGUUUCUCGGUUUCGUGCCAAUUCUUUGUGCAACUGCUGGUUAUUGUGUUGUGAAACUUCAGAACCGACGACGAAGGCGAUUAAAAGUGAAACAAGAGACAAUGCGUACAAAAACUGGAAAACAAACAGUUGAUAAAAUGAUUGCACGCGAAUGGCUUCAUGCGAAUCAUAAACGUUUGGUGACGGUGAAAUUUGGUCCCGAAUCAGCAAUUUAUACAGUCGAUAGAAAAGGUGAAAAGCUUCGAACAUUUAGCUUGAAAAAUGUGGAAAUUAUUCAAGUUGAAUUAAGUCAAGAAAGCUACACAAAGAAGCGACCAUUAGUGUUGCUUCGUAUUCACAAUGAUCAUGACUUGGUGCUUGAACUUGAGACGUCUAGCGCGCGAAGAAAGUUUGUAAAGAAGCUCGAAGAUUUUCUUAUUUUGCAUAAGAAAGAAAUGACACUUCACGAACAAAAUCGAGAGUUGAUGUUGGCAAGAGCGGAGACACGUGAACGUCGUCAAAAGCGACUCGAACAUUUCUUCCGUGAAGCUUAUGCGCUUACAUUUGGUCUUAGACCAGGUGAGAGACGACGAAGAUCUGAUGCAUCGAGUGACGGGGAAGUUAUGACAGUGAUGCGAACAAGUUUAUCAAAAUCAGAAUUUGCUGCUGCUUUGGGCAUGAAAUCAGAUGCGAUGUUUGUCAGGAAAAUGUUUAACAUCGUUGACAAAGAUCAAGAUGGAAGAAUUUCAUUCCAAGAGUUUCUUGAAACUGUUGUGCUUUUUUCACGAGGGAAAACUGAAGAUAAACUUCGAAUUAUCUUCGACAUGUGCGACAAUGAUCGCAAUGGUGUAAUAGAUAAAGCGGAAUUUGGAGAAAUGAUGAGAUCUUUGGUGGAAAUUGCAAGAACGACAAGCUUAACCGAUGAUCAAGUGACGGAGUUGAUUGAUGGAAUGUUCUCUGAUGUUGGUCUUGAACAUAAAAAUCAUUUAACUUAUCAAGAUUUCAAACAAAUGAUGAAAGAAUAUAAAGGGGAAUUUGUUGCUAUUGGUUUAGAUUGCAAAGGUGCAAAACAAAACUUUCUCGACACAUCAACAAACGUUGCACGUAUGACUUCAUUUGCAAUCGAACCUAUUAAUGAUUCGGAAAGAAAUUGGAUCUCAGAGAAGUGGGAUGCUUACACAACAUUCUUGGAAGAAAAUCGACAGAAUAUUUUCUAUCUUUUCUUAUUUUAUGUCAUCACAAUUGCGCUGUUUGUUGAAAGAUUCAUUCAUUAUUCAUUCAUGGCUGAACAUACCGACUUACGUCACAUUAUGGGAGUUGGAAUUGCAAUUACAAGAGGAUCAGCUGCUUCACUUUCUUUUUGCUAUUCGUUGCUUCUUUUAACAAUGUCGAGAAACUUUUUAACGAAACUUAAAGAGUUUCCUAUCCAGCAAUACAUUCCAUUGGAUUCUCACAUUCAGUUCCAUAAGAUUGCUGCUUGCACCGCACUUUUCUUCUCAAUGCUUCAUACUGUUGGUCAUAUUGUAAACUUUUAUCAUGUGUCGACGCAAUCUCAUGAGAAUUUAAGAUGUUUAACAAAAGAAGUUCAUUUUGCAUCUGAUUACAAACCUGAUAUAAAUUAUUGGUUGUUUCAAACGUUAACGGGAGUGACAGGAAUCGCUCUCUUUGUUAUUAUGUGCAUCAUUUUUGCUUUCGCUCAUCCAACAAUUCGAAAACGUGCUUAUAAAUACUUUUGGAAUGCACAUUCACUUUACAUCGUUCUUUACAUUCUUUGUUUGCUUCAUGGUCUUGCAAGACUAACUGGUGCGCCACGUUUCUGGAUGUUCUUCAUUGGGCCAGCUGUCAUCUUCACAUUAGAUAAAGUUGUGUCAUUACGAACUAAAUAUAUGGCAUUAGAUGUUAUGGAAGCUGAACUUUUACCAUCUGAUGUCAUAAAGAUUAAAUUCUAUCGACCACCAAAUUUAAAAUAUCUUUCGGGUCAAUGGGUGAGGUUUUCAUGUACAGCUAUUAAGCCGGAAGAGAUGCAUAGCUUCACUCUCACGUCAGCGCCACAUGAGAAUUUUUUGAGCUGUCAUAUUAAAGCGCAAGGUCCAUGGACAUGGAAAUUGAGAAAUUAUUUCGAUCCCUGCAAUUAUAAUCCCGAUGAUCAACCUCGCAUUCGUAUAGAAGGACCUUACGGUGGUGGAAAUCAAGAUUGGUACAAGUUUGAAGUUGCUGUCAUGGUUGGUGGUGGAAUUGGUGUGACGCCUUAUGCAUCAAUCUUAAAUGAUUUAGUUUUUGGAACUAGCACAAACCGGUACUCUGGUGUUGCUUGUAAAAAAGUUUACUUCUUAUGGAUUUGUCCAUCGCAUAAACAUUUUGAGUGGUUCAUCGAUGUGUUGCGAGAUGUUGAGAAGAAAGACGUCACAAACGUGCUAGAAAUUCAUAUUUUCAUCACGCAAUUCUUCCACAAGUUUGAUUUGCGCACGACAAUGUUGUAUAUUUGUGAGAAUCACUUCCAGAGACUGUCAAAGACAUCAAUGUUUACGGGACUAAAGGCAGUCAAUCAUUUUGGACGACCUGACAUGUCCAGUUUCUUAAAAUUUGUACAAAAGAAGCAUUCUUAUGUGUCAAAGAUUGGUGUCUUCUCAUGUGGUCCCAGACCACUCACCAAAAGUGUCAUGUCAGCAUGUGAUGAAGUCAAUAAAGGACGUAAACUGCCUUAUUUCAUUCAUCAUUUCGAGAAUUUUGGAUAAGUUUGUUCAGUGUUCAACGACGAUCGUCAUCAUCAUUAUAAAUUGCUGUGUCCAUUGAUUCUCUAGUUAAUUUGGUUUCAUAAGAUUCGCUUUUUUUAUUUCGUAGUUUUAAUUUAUUUUUAAAGGCCUCUCAUUCAUCAUUAUGUUCAUAGAUUUAUUUAUUUAUCGUCUCGAAUUAUUACAUUAAUUGAGUCAUUACUUGAGUCAGUGUAUGUUUGUAAAUGUGUUGUCCUUCUUUUCCUUAGAGAAAACUAAAUAAGAUUUUGAAUAAAAAACAUAGUUGGCUUUGAUAGAAGAA